AUGAUGCGUCCCCGCCUCGGCCGCUGCAGUUGCCGCCGCCGCCGCCGCCGCAGGCCGGGAGGAGCCGCAGCGCCGGGCGACCCCGCCCGGGCCUCGGAUCCUAUCACAUAGGAACACUAUGCACCUUAAGACCCUGAAGAAAAGGCGCAAAAUGUUCAAGUAAUGUUCAGAAAUAUUUUUUGAGGGAAAUCAUGCAGUCAUCAGGACACAGGCUCCGAGAUGUCGAACAUCAUCCUCUCCUGACUGAAAAUGACAAUUACGACUCCUCGUCCUCUUCCUCCUCCUCUGAGGCCGACACGGCAGAUAGGGUGUGGUUCAUUCGGGAUGGCUGUGGCAUGGUCUGCGCUGUCAUGACCUGGCUUCUGGUCGUCUACGCCGACUUCGUGGUGACAUUUGUCAUGCUGCUGCCUUCCAAAGACUUCUGGUACUCUAUGAUCAACGGGGUCAUUUUUAACUGCUUAGCGGUCCUCGCCUUGUCAUCUCACCUGAGAACCAUGCUCACCGACCCUGGAGCAGUACCCAAAGGAAAUGCUACGAAGGAGUACAUGGAGAGCCUGCAGCUGAAGCCGGGCGAGGUCAUUUACAAGUGCCCCAAGUGCUGCUGUAUCAAGCCGGAGCGUGCACACCAUUGCAGUAUAUGCAAGAGAUGCAUCCGGAAAAUGGACCACCACUGCCCCUGGGUGAACAACUGUGUGGGAGAGAAGAAUCAGAGGUUUUUUGUGCUCUUCACUAUGUACAUAGCUCUGUCUUCAGUCCAUGCUCUGAUUCUCUGUGGAUUUCAGUUUUUUUCCUGUGUCCGAGGGCAGUGGACAGAAUGCAGUGAUUUUUCACCACCAAUAACUGUAAUCCUGUUGAUCUUCCUGUGCCUUGAGGGUCUUCUGUUUUUCACUUUCACUGCAGUUAUGUUCGGCACCCAAAUCCACUCAAUAUGCAACGAUGAAACGGAGAUCGAGAGACUGAAAAGCGAAAAGCCCACGUGGGAGCGGAGGCUUCGCUGGGAAGGGAUGAAGUCUGUCUUUGGGGGUCCCCCCUCACUCCUCUGGAUAAAUCCGUUUGUAGGAUUUCGAUUCAGGCGGCUGCAGAUGAGAACCAGGAAAGGAGGCCCGGAGUUCUCUGUUUAAGGCUGCUUAUCAUGCUGGAACUUGCUCACAUACUUUAAAUUAUUUAUUCGGAGUCUGAAAGGGUAUCAGCAGCUCAUCUGUGACCAGUAGGGGAAACUGAACCUACACAAACCAAUUGCUUGCAGCAAGCAGAAUUUUAUAUAUUUAUAGUCACAGGUGGCAGAUUUUCCAAACCAAUAACUGGACGAUGCUCUGACCAGCGUUCACCCAUACGACUGGUGCACGGGGCGUGGCCACACCAAGAAGCCAAAUGUCAGUAUCUUCUUGCACAGUUAGGAUUUUUGUUAAGAAUACUUUGCGUUUUAUAAGAAGCCGUUCGGGAUGUUAUAUCGGUUGUUACAAUCCUGUGAAUGAGCUGCAUUUUUCAGUCACGAAGAAGAAAAAAACCAACCCAGAAAACACGAAUCCCCAGACUGGCCGCUCCAGGGAGUCCCUGUUUACCCGGGAUUCACGAGUGCUCCCCGUGAUCAGAGAGGGGCAUUUACGUGGAAACACAUCGUGGUCUUGAUUCGCUCUGAUGUUUACUUUGCACUGAAGUUGCAAAAGAUCUGUGUGCCCGGAGCAGCCCUGGUGGGCUCCAGGUCCAUGCCUGCUGCCUCCAGAAGUGGCAUUCUUCAACCCUUUCAGCAUAUCCCAUGUGCGUGCGUGUAUGUGCGUGUGCGUGCCCUUGUGUUUUGAAACCAGCGGUGUUGUUGAGACGAUAUAACAUUGAGUGGCUGCGAAUGGCAAACAAGCUAUUUUUUAGAAACCGACGUUUCAGGGAAGAGGGGUGAGCUGCUACGGUGCCCUCCUCUGGCAGGCUCACUGUGAAUGAGCUGCUGCAGUGCCCUCCUCUGGUGGGCUCACUCUGAAUGUAUUGCAGAUUGGAGAAUAUCUCUAUCCAAAGAACAGUCAUUCCCAUGUGGUCCUGUAUUUCCCUCCUGUUUUCGUUUUAUUUUCAAAUCUUAAGUACGUGAGGGCCUUAGAAUGGAUUUUUUUGUCUCCAGAUGAGCAGUAUAAUAAUGGCACCCUCGUAAGUGAAGAGCAAAGUCUUGUGGUGGCCUCGAACUUUGUGCAGCUCCAUGCUGUGAUGCCGUCAUUGCUGUGCAGGAGAGGGGAGGCAUGCCAACGGUGAAACACCACAAGAAACAAGGUGUUUGCCUGGUGACACCUCUGAGAAGGGGAGGGGACCGCAAGGCCACCCGCCCUCUGGCAGGGGCAACUUUGUGCCUUGGUUGCAGGUGACAGUAGAAGACCAGAGUGAAAGCACUGAGCCAGGUGAAGAAUAAUCAGAGUGACAACAGCCUGUUUGAUCUUGAAUGUCAUUUAUGUUUGCUUUUCUACCCACCACACAAGUGAUAAAAUAGGGACCUUGAUGCAGAACUUAAAAUUACUCCAAAAAGCAAACGCUCUCCUCUCGGGGAACUUGCCUUAACCCUGCCUGAUUUGUGCGGUUGAUAGCAGAUUCCAGAGGUCUUCCUUCAAGUUCGCCUCCCAUGCUAAGAAAAGCUGGUGUUUCCCUCCUGUUCUGUUUACCUGUGGACUGUUUUAUUAUUAUUUUUUUUUAAUUAAUCUGUACCCGAUCCUAAUCAGGGCUUAUACCACUGUUGAUGCAAAAUCACAAAAGGACCUACUUGAUUUACCAUUGGUAGCUAAGAACAAAACUGUGUGAUGAUUUUGAAAUGGAACAAAUCACUGGGGAAAUGUGCGAGCUAUUGGGAACGGACGUCACAGCCAGAGGAACAAGAGCACCUGUUGUGGGUGACCAGGAGAUUGUCUUGCAUAUCCAUUUGCACACCUGUUGUCUGGGUUGGACAUGUGUAUUGGGCUUCAAUGUGAGGCUUUUAAUAAGUGUAUGUUGUUUAUCAAUAAACAAAUUAUUGAAGUGGUUGAAUCCUGUAAGUCUUGGCAAAGUUGUGCAAGUCCAGUAUACUUGCCUUUUCAGCCUCUUCUUUCAAUGUAACUUUUAUAUGAAAUAAAGUAACCAAUUGACAGUUCUCAGAGACUUGAUGAAGUGGCAGAAGUUCUUCAUGGAUGUCAGUGCGUCUUCGGUGGCUGGCCUGUCUUUCCUGUCCUCGGUACUGUCCUCAGCCCCCCGGUAGUCCUAGUCAGGCCAGUGCUGUUUCCCGACCUCUGAGUGCUUUAGUGCCGGUGAUGGACUGCAACAUCCCCUCCAAACCCUGGUCAGUCAGGUGUUACUCUCCCUGACUCGCCACACCCACAUCCUACUGUUCUCUGGCUGUUUGAUUGUAAAUGGACUUGCAUCCAGGGUCUUAGUUAUCUAGUGCUGCUGUAACAGAAAUACCACAUGUGGGUGACUUUAACAAACAGAAAUUUAUUCUCUCACAGUUUAGGAAGCUAGAAGUCCAAAAUUAGAGCACGGGCUCUAGGGGAAGGCUUUCUCUCUCUGCCAGCUCUGGAGAAAGGUUCUUCUCUGAGCUUCUGCUCCUGGACAGUCUCCAUGCUGCUGGGCAUCUCUCUUCCCCCAUCUCUGCUCUCACACUUGUUUCAAUCUCUUACAUCUCAAAGGAGAUUACUCAAAACACACCCUACAGUAACCCUGCUUCAUUAACAUAACAAAGACAACCCAUUCCUAAAUGGGAUUAUAACCACAGGCAUAGAUGUAGGAUUUACAACACAUAUUUUUGGGGGACACAAUUUGUAACAUUCCAUCCUUCUGUGCCAGAAAUUCAUGUCCUUCCCACAUGCAAAACAUAUUCACCCCAUCACAUCACCCCAAAAAUCUUAAAUCAGCUCCACGUCUAAAAUCUCAUCUGCUGAAUCAUCUAAAUCAAAUAUGGGUGAGACGUUAGGUGUCUUCCAUCCUGGGGCAAAAUCCUCUUCAUGUGUGAACGUGUGAAAUCUAGACUACAAGUUACCUGUUUCUAAAGUACAGUGGUGGAACAGGCACAAGGUAGACAUUUCCACUACAAAUGGGAGAAAUUGGAGGGAAAGCAGGGAUAAUGGGGAUCCAGCAAGUCCAAAAACCAACAGAACAAUUUACUUUAGCUCUCAAGACUUGAAAAUAACCCUCUGUUCUCUAAGACCACCUGGGCAAUGCUUCUGCCCUCCAGACUCUGAGUGUUGGCCAUGUCCCCUAGAUUCUGGAUGGAAGCCCCUCAGCCCUGGGCUUCAGCUCCACCUUCUAGGCCCACUGGGACAGUAACUCCGCUUCCCCGGCUUUGGGUGGCCCCAUGCUCCUAGUCCAGCUGAGUGGCAACCCCACCCCCUUGGCCCUGGCAGGCCCCGUUGUUUUGCCCCUUGGGCAUGGCAGCCCCACACCAGAAUUGAAUUGGAGAAGAUCCGACUCUGAAACC